UUAUUUUAGGAGCGAGUGUGGACAGAGAGGAUUGCAAGAAGAAAGUACAAUCAUUUCAGAUUGGUGGGCGAUGAUUUUCCACUUUGCCCCUUUCACAAUUCUUCAACUAUAAUCUUGUUAGCAAGCACAAUCCUCAAUGAUAUUGGGUCAGGUAAAUUGAAACCCUUUUCUUCCCUACCCCAAAUAAUCCGACCCCUUCUUUUUGAGAAUGUCAGAAAACCCCGAAUCUGAUUGAAAGUUGAAACCCUUCUUCUUCCCUUUUCGUGUAAGAAAACCAUAGAGGCGGACGCCGCAGAACCCUAGCCCCUUGCCCCAUUCUUCUCCGUCUCUGUUCCAUGCGGCCGACGACCAAGGGCGAGCAUCAGUAGGCGGAACCCUAGCCCCUGCUCCCUUAUUCUUCUCUGUUUGUCUUCCCGUUGGUUGUUGACAACAUAAUUAAAGGCUAUUGCAGAUUACGGAAGGCUCUCCACUCGCACUGUCGCAGGUGGUUACGCAAUUCAGCUCAGUUUGGACAGGGUUUGCUUGCGAUUGAGGCUGAGGUAUUUAUUCUUUGAAGAUUUUUUAUAUUCAUCGUCUUCUUUGCUGUGAAAUCAAAUGGGAAAGAAUGAGUUUCUCACGCCCAAGGCCAUUGCCAACCGAAUAAAAGCAAAAGGGCUUCAGAAGCUCCGAUGGUAUUGCCAGAUGUGCCAGAAACAAUGUAGAGACGAGAACGGAUUCAAAUGCCAUUGUAUGAGCGAGUCUCACCAGCGGCAGAUGGAAGUCUUUGGCCAGAAUCCUAACCGUCUCAUUGACGGUUACUCUGAGGAGUUUGAGAGGUCUUUUGUUGAGCACAUGAAGCGGAGUCACCGUUUUAGCCGUGUUGCAGCUACUGUGGUCUACAAUGAAUAUAUCGCCGAUCGCCACCACAUCCAUAUGAACUCCACGCAAUGGGCCACCCUCACUGAGUUUGUUAAGCACCUUGGUCGUACUGGUCAGUGCAAGGUCGAAGAGACGCCAAAGGGGUGGUUCAUGACCUACAUUGACAGAGACUCGGAGACCCUAUUCAAGGAACGUCUCAAGAACAAGAGAUUGAAGUCUGAUGUCGUAGAGGAGGAGAGGCAGGAGCGAGCAAUUAGGAAACAAAUUGAACGGGUUGAACAGUCAAUGUUCUCAUCAACAUCAGAAAAUGAGAUAGGACCCUCUGAUUCUGAGCAAUUGCAUUUGCCACCCAAGGCAGAACUCAAAUCAGAAACUGGAGCUAAAGUUGUGUUUGCUAUCAGUUCAUCUUCAAAACUUGUUGCAAGAGAGAAUGUUGAAAGCUCUGAAGUGAUCUUUGAGGAGUCCGUAGCAGAUAGGAGUGAGAAGAGGAUUAAAUAUGGGGGCAAUGGAGCAAAGAGUAGUGGUGGUUCAGCUCUAGAUGAGUUGAUGAAAGAGCAAGAGAAGGCAAAGGAGCGGAGUAAUCGCAAAGACUAUUGGUUAUGUGAGGGUAUAAUUGUUAAAAUAAUGAGCAAAGCGUUGGCUGAGAAAGGUUACUAUAAGCAGAAGGGUGUGAUUCGCAAGGUGAUUGACAAGUAUGUAGGAGAAAUUGAAAUGCUGGACAGUAAACACAUUCUGAGAAUUGAUCAGGAGGAACUUGAAACUGUGAUUCCCCAAAUUGGGGGUCUAGUGAGAAUUGUGAAUGGGGCUUACCGUGGUUCGAACGCAAGACUGAUUUCUGUCGAUACCAAUAACUUUUCAGCGAAGGUGCAAAUUGAAAAGGGGUUAUAUGACGGAAGGGUUCUUCCAGCGAUCGACUAUGAGGACAUUUGCAAGAUUGUCCAGUGAGGCUCUCAUACAUCAAUCAUUAUGGACCCUUCUUCUGUUUUUCCUUGGUAACCCACCAUCUUUUUCUUGUUUGAAAUCUUGUCUUAUAUUUUGUACAUUGUACCCUUAAUGCUCAUCAAGAUUGAUUAGUGAAUUUACUUUUUAUUCCUAGAAUGAAAAUUUUGGAAUAUUCAAUUGAAACUUUUUUGACUGGUUGGCCCUGCA